AUGUACGAAACCACGAAAUCAAAUGAAAAAUUUACAAAAACAUCAAAAAUGUUGAUUGAAAAAGCGACAUUAAUCAUUAUUGAUGUACAAAAUGAUUUUGUGGAAAAUGGUUCUCUAGCAAUACCAAAUGGAUCUCAAAUAAUAUCGAUUAUAAAUAAAUUACGUGAAUUAAAAUUAUUUGAAUUGAUUGUGCUCACCCAAGACUGGCAUUGUAGACAACAUGUUUCAUUUGCAUCGGCACAUUUAAAAUCAAAUCCAAAUACAUUUCGUUUUACAAACUCAAGCGCUCCAGGUGCAUUACCCUUUAUUACCUAUUCAAAUCUUAAUUAUACUGAACACAAUUAUCUAUGUAAUUAUAAUGAAAUGUAUACUUUGGGUGUUUUCUGUGGAGUAAAUCGAACAGAAAUUCAAACAAAUCAGAUAAUUCAACAAUUAUGGCCUGAUCAUUGUGUAGAAAAUACGCAUGGUGCCCAAUUUGUUCAAGAAUUAAACAGAAAAGAUAGAGAUGAACUUGUACGACAUGGAGAUCAUUGUCAUUCAGAUUCUUAUUCGAUAUUCACCAAUCGGUAUAAAAAUACACGGUUAAAUGAAAUACUCAGGCUUAAUAAAAUAACAGAUGUUUAUCUGGUUGGUUUUGCAUUUGACUAUGCUGUAUGGUACAGUUCAAUGGAUGCAAUACAAUUUGGUUACAAAACAAUUGUAAUACAAGAUGUAACGAGGUCAAUUAAUAAAUCAAGUCAAGAAAAAAUUGUUCAGAACAUGAAGCAAAUUGGCAUAGAAAUAAUCAACAGUACAAAAUUACUAAUGGAAGUCAUAACAUUGCCGUCAUCAGUUAAUAAGGAUACAAAAAUAUCAUCAACCAUAAGAGCUGUUGAAACCGCUACAGGAAUUACAACUGCAGCUACUCCGAUCAUCAAAAAGAUUAUGACUACUAGUAAAACGGUAACUAAAUCGACUAUCAAAAAUUCAGAAUUAACAGUAAAACAAAGAAAAAAACCAAUUACAUCUAUUUUAAUUAGUCUUGGAAAUCUUAAAACAUCUUGGGAACAUUCAACAGCAUCAACAUUUAGAAUGAAUACUAACAGAUUCAGAGUAUCACAAACACCAUUACUGACAACUGAUUCAAACACAACAACCACCAUCGAAAUAACACUCAGUAAUCAAUCAUCUACUUUGUUACCUAGUGCUUUUAAUAACCAUACAAUGCAAGCGUCAACUACACAAAGUACGCCACCUUUGGAAUUGGACGAUACUUUUGGAAUAGAAACAGAUCUAGAAUCAACGAUCAUUAUCUGGACUUCAACUAUACGAUUACUUAUCAAUCAGAGUGUUAUUUUGAAUACUACAAAUUCACCUAACAGUACAAAAGAAGCGGAAAAUCCUACACUUCAUUAUGUAAUCACCAGUUUACUGGUCACAUUAAUAUGCGGUGUAUGCAUUAUUGGACUAUGUUAUCAUGAAUAUCCAUUUCGUCACUGCUUAACACAGUUUUUUCAUCGUCAAAAUAAUGAAAAAGAGUAUUUCGAACAAGAACUAGGUAGCCAAGCAGAUCAACAAAUGGGCUUAACGCCUCGAAGUUUGGUAUCAAAAAAUCAAUCGGGUGGAGGCUCAGUGCAAACUUCUAGGUCAUGA